AUGUCUCGUCAAUUUGCGCCUGCUUCCACGUCUGCUAAUGCUGUUGUCACUGCUAGUGCAGCAGUUGUAAAUGUUAAUGCGAGUGCAAGUGUAAGUGCAAGUGUAAGUGCAAGUGCAAAUGCAAGUGCAAAUGCAAAUGCAAAUGCAAAUGCGCAUGCAUCCACAAACAAUACUUCCAUCGAUAUCUUCAAAGAUUCGUGCAACAAGUGGGGUCCCAAGAUCGAGGCGUCGUUCUUGAACGCCCUGAGAAUCAUACUCAAGAACGGCACCUACAAGAUCAAGCUGCUGGACAAGAACUACGGGAGGAACGAGCUGAUUUCCAUCUUCAUCAAGUACCAGACGGGCGAGACCAGGACCAAGAAACAGAUCUCGUCCCACAUCCAGGUGUGGAAGAAGACGAUUCUCAACAAGUCCAACCACGGGCUGAUUUUGAACAACAACGACAAGGAGAUUCUGAAUUUGAUCGAGGACGGCGCCAACCAGUCCAAGGAGAACAUCGACCGGUUCUACUCCAUCUUUGAGCAUAUUCUAGCGAUGGGCUCGUCCAACCCGGGUGCUGCGGCUGCGGCUGCGGCUGCCGCCGCCGCCGCCGCCGCUGUUACGUUGUCCCCAGCUCACUCGCCCCCGGCAACCUCGCUACACAAAGUAACUAAACCUCCCACAUCCUCCACCACUACUCUGUCACCAAUCUCUCCUUCCUACGUCCAUCGCCAACUCUCUGCCUCGGUUGUCAGCAACUCUCUCUCGGCUUCCUCCUCUUCCUCCUCAAUCUCACCUUCGUCCUCUCCAACUUCGCCAUCCACAGUGUUGCCAAUGAUACCCACAACUUCCUCGUCUUCCACCACCACCACCACCACCACCACAAUAUCAACACCAAGAGGUCUCACCAUCUUGCCCAACCCUUCGGCAACUGUCACUGCGCCUCCUCCUUCCACAACCACCAUAAUAAGAAACAAUUCUCUACCCAGUGGCAACACAACCACAACUUCUUCUUCUUCUUCUUCUCCUCAAUACAGACUCUUCCCCAAGAGAGUCUCUCUUCCAAUCUGUCCUUUACAAAAGGAAGCCUCAGAUAUUCCGGCCCAACCUAUCCCAUCUCCUGCCGCCACAUCGGUCUCUACUUCUUCUGCCAAUUACAUCUCCACCACUACUUCCUCCACUCAAAUUAGACUCCCCAGUAUAAACAAUAGCAACACUUCUACACCAGCCGCAUCCACUUCCAACUCAAACUCUUCUACAAACAUCCAUCUACCUACUCCUGCAAUUUCAAGAAAUUCACAAGAAAAUAUAUCGAACCAAAACUUGAGUGGUCUUUCAGAUUACCAUUAUGCUGCAAACACUCCCUCUGUAUCAACACCACCUACAAAGAGAAACGCUCUAAGUUUCAUAAUAAAUGAGAGAUCUGACUAG